CGGGUGCCUAACGGCUCGCGAAGUGGCAGAGCCUGUGCGAGCCAGUGCUAGGGGCUGGUUGCCGCGCUCGGUUCCGGGUGGAGUAGGUCGUGGGCCUCGCCGUCCGGUGACCGGGAGACUUCCAUCAUGAGGAGAAGUGAGGUGAUUGCGGAGGAGUCCAUAUUAUGUCUCCAGAAAGCCCUGACUCACCUUCGGGAAAUAUGGGAAUUGAUUGGGAUUCCUGAGGACCAGCGGUUACAAAGGACUCAGGUUGUGCAUAAGCAUAUCAAGGACCUCCUGGAUAUGAUGAUUGCUGAAGAGGAAAGUUUGAAGGAAAGGCUCAUUAAAAGCAUAGGCAACUGUCAAAAAGAGUUGGCUGUCUUGUGCAGCGAGUUGCGUGUUGAGCCAUUUCAGGAGGAAGGAGAGCCGACCAUCUUGCAGCUGGAAAAAGACUUGCGCACUCAGGUGGAGCUGAUGCGCAAACAGAAAAAGGAGAGGAAACGUGAACUGAAACUACUUACAGAACAGGAUCAAGAACUGUGUGAAGUUCUUUGCAUGCCACACUAUGAAAUUGACAGCGAUUCCGUUCCCAGCCUGGAAGAGCUGAACCAGUUCAGAAAACAUUUGGCAACUUUGCGGGAAACAAAGGCAUCUCGGCGUGAGGAGUUUGUCAACAUAAAGAGACAGAUCAUACUGUGCAUGGAAGAAUUAGAUCACACCCCAGACACAAGCUUCGAACGAGAUGUGGUGUGUGAAGAUGAAGAGGCCUUUUGUUUAUCUUUGGAAAAUAUUGCAGCACUACAGAAGUUGCUACAGCAGCUGGAAAUGCGGAAAUCACAAAACGAAGCAGUGUGCGAGGGGCUGCGUGCUCAGAUCCGGGAGCUCUGGGACAGGCUGCAAAUACCAGAAGAAGAGCGAGAAGCUGUGGCCAUGAUUAUGACUGGGUCGAAGGCCAAAGUUAAGAAAGCGCUGCAAUUAGAAGUGGAUCGCUUGGAGGAACUGAAAAUGCAAAACAUGAAGAAAGUGAUUGAGGCGAUACGAGUGGAGCUGGCUAAGUACUGGGACCAGUGUUUCUACAGCCAGGAGCAGAGACAAGCUUUUGCUGCUUAUUAUGAUGAGGACUACACAGAAAGUCUGCUCCAGGUCCAUGACGCUGAGGUUGUGCGGUUAAGAAACUACUACGAGGUUCACAAAGAACUCUUUGAAGGCGUGCAGAAGUGGGAAGAAAGCUGGCGGCUUUUCUUAGAGUUUGAGAGAAAAGCAUCAGAUCCAAGUCGAUUUACAAAUCGAGGAGGAAAUCUUCUGAAGGAGGAAAAGCAACGAGCCAGGCUCCAGAAAACGCUCCCUAAGCUGGAAGAGGAAUUGAAGGCCCAGAUCGAGAUGUGGGAACAGAAGCACUCAGCAGCGUUCGUGGUCAAUGGGCAGAAGUUUAUGGAGUACGUGACUGAGCAGUGGGAGACGCAUCGGUUAGAGAAGGAGCGAGCCAAGCAGGAAAGGCAACUGAAGAACAAGAAGCAGACAGAGACAGAGAUGCUGUACGGCAGUACUCCCAGGACACCCAACAAGCGGCGGGGAAUGACUCCCACCACCCCGGGCAAAGUGCGCAAGCUGAACACUACCACCAUGUCCAAUGCCACGGCCAACAGUAGCAUUCGGCCUGCCUUUGGGGGGACAGUCUACCGCUCCCCCGUGUCUCGACUUCCACCUUCUGGCAGCAAGCCAAUCUUCACUUCCACCUGUUCAGGGAAGAAAAACCCCCGUGCUGGUCGGCAUGGAGCCGACAAGGAGAACCUGGAGCUCAAUGGCAGCUUGCUGAGCGGUGGGUACCCCGGCUCGGCCCCCCUCCAGCGCAACUUCAGCAUUAACUCUGUUGCCAGCACCUACUCUGAGUUUGCGAAGGAUCCGUCCCUCUCUGACAGCUCCACUGUUGGGCUUCAGCGAGAACUUUCAAAGGCCUCCAAUUCUGAUGCUACUUCCCGAAUCCUCAAUUCAACCAACAUCCAUCCCUAAGAAGCCCUGAUCAGUCAGCUAGCUGUGGCUUCCUGGCCUAGACUGGACCCAGUUACACGGGGUGGCUUUCCUUUCUCUCAGUGUAGGUGUGCUUGAAACCCCGGGCAGGCUCAUUACCACGGCCUGGCUGCAGACGAAAGCCCACCACAGGCCUAGUGGUCCUUAGACACUUUGUUGGGAGAUCUAGAACUUUGCACAUGUCAGUCCUGGGGCAUAGUUCCCACUGCACCGUCCUCAGUGGGGCCCCGUCCUUAGCUACUCUACUGUCACUACGAUUCUCCCAAAAGCACUAUUAUUUAUUCCUGCUCCACCCGCGCAGUCCUGCUGUCAGAGCACUAAAUGGUUCUAAGGCUUCCAGUGUGGCUCGGGCUGCACGUGGGAGCCCUGCUGUUUUAGUCUGUGUAUACUUGUCUGUUGUAAAAUAGAUAUUGUUAACAAUAAAUAAAAAUGUGUGUUGUUAGAUUACAAAAACAA